AUGAAGGAGCUGGCUCAAAUUAGCAACGAUCAACCUGCACAAAUCAUUAGUAAUGCUAUUGCUACAACAUUACGUGAAAUACAACCGUGUUUACCACGAAAAGAUGCUUCAAGACAACAAAUCAAAAGAACAAAACGUGUUUACGAUGAAGAAGUUGAAUCAAAAACUUUAUACGAUUUUACAUUACCAGAUGAAUACUCUAUUACACUCAGUGGAAUGUAUUUUGCAAAAGACAUCACCGAUGGAACUAAAAGAAUUUUGCUUUUCACAACAAGUGAAAAUGUUAAAUGGCUGCAAGAAGCGAAAUUUUGGUUUAUGAAUGAAACGUUUAAAACUAUGCCAACUUUGUUUCGACAAUUGUACAGCAUUCACGCUCCUGUUAGUGAAAAUGUUACUUUUCGAAUCAUUCCCUUGGUUUACGCACUAAUGAGUAAGAAAAGUGAAGAAUUAUAUCAGAGAUUAUUUCAGGAACUCAAUGAAUUGGCAGACGAAAAUGAAUUGGAAUUAAAACCAGGCUUUGUAUUAACUGAUGAUGAAAAAGGUUCAAUCAAUGCAGUAAAAUCAGAGUUUCCAAGUGCUCAAAGCAAAGGCUGUCACUUUCAUUUAGGCCAAUCGGUAUACAGACAAAUUCAAGAUGCAGAACUGACCAAAAACUACGGAACUGACCAAAAUUUUAGUCUUCUUAUAAGACAUAUUCCAGCUUUGGCUUUUUUAAGUUCUUUAGAAAUUCCCGAUUCUUUUGACGAAGUCAAAGUUAUAUUACCAUCUGAUGCUGAACGAAUUAUUCAAUGA